AUAAGUUUUUGGUUUUCUUAAUCUUCUCACUCUUUUGUUUUGAUUUUUCAGAUUUUGAUUUUCUUACUUUUCUCACCCCUUUUCCCCUUAAUUUUCGUUUCUAUUGGAGGUAGAUUUGUUGUCAAUUCUUGGGUGAUUUCUGAUUUUUUUUCUUAGUUUAUUAUAAAAUUUUCUACUUGCAUGUUCUUAUGGCUAUACUAGAAGUUUCUGCACAGUUUAUCUCGCUUGUGCCUUGUUAUUCUUCUUUUGGACAUGCAUAUACAUUUGUUUGAGCAAAGUGUUUCUAAUCAUUAGUUAUAUCGCUAGAGCAUAUAUUUUGGAUGUGUGUGCUGGUAUGGGUUUUAAUAUGCUUUGGUCCAAAUAGCUCGCUUGAAUGCAUUUUUUUUAUACUUUUGCUUUGCUUGGUAUCAUCAAAAAUGAAAUAACCAAAUUGGUACAAAGGAGAACAUUUUCCAAGCAAACAUCCAAAGAGUAGAGUACUAGCUAAUACAAAUAUUGUGCAUCACAGAGUAUAACCAAAAGAAAUCAACUCAAGGAUUCAUACAUCAUGAUAAAACUACCGUCCAAAAAGAAUAAUUGGGGCAUUUAGAGGUACUGAACCCUUUAAUUCAUAUUGUUGGAGUACUAAUAUAAACAUAAUAUGAGCUCUUCUUUGUCAUAAUCUGUUCAUUGGGUUCCACUGCAUCUCUUAUCUAUUCAACAACAAUAUCUACUACUGACUGCUAGAUAUCUUGUCAACACAGGCCCAAAUGAGGUUUAGUUUGGUCGUUUAGUUUCAUAAACUUACCAACUGUCAGUCUUUCCUACGACAUGACAUACUCUAAAUUUUAGUCGUGUGUAUUAGAGCUUAGAUAGAUUUCCGUUUAAGAUAGAAUGUCAUUUUUAAGCAUAUCUAAAUUUAAUGCCUGAACAUUGUGAUCUAACAUAAUGAAAAAUCUGCUAAUUUCACUAUUUAUAGUUUUAUACCUUUAUCCUGCAUUUCUUUCGAGCAAGAAAGCUAAUUUCAGGAGAAUUGUUGAGUGUAGCUUCUACAAUUAUUGAAUGUAACUUCUGAUGGUUUCUUUUGCAAAACGGAGCAAAAGCAUAUGUUGUAAUUAGAUAGAUAAUUUUAAUAAGAUUUCAUUUCUUCAUUGUUUAUAAAUUCAUGUGUUUUUUCUCCCUUCUCCAUUCGUACUCAUCUUUUUUGUGAGAAAUUGUCCAUUUCAUUGUAUAAGACUUUCCUCUUGAUAAUAGAGAGAAAGAAGAAAACAAAAGGAAAGCAUAUUGAGACCAGACAACAUUACCAUAGACAGAAAAUGCAAGGGCGUGCAACUAUCCCUUGCCUCAAUGAUGUUCGCUCCUCGGGGACAACUAAAUUCAAAGAGGCACUGAUGGGGUGUCGAAUGAACAAUGUACCGGUCUGUCUUAUUUACGGAAAAGAAGAUCUAUGGGUGACGCCUAUUUGGGGAUUACAAGUGAAACGUCAGUUCCCUAAAGCUCCAUAUUAUCAGAUUAGUCCAGUUGCUCACUGCCCCCAUGACGAAGUUCCAGAGUUGUUGCAGGAGAAAAAGAACUCAUCUUCAGAGUUUCCAUCAAGUAUUUUGACAUUUCAAGCAGAAGAUAGUUCUAGAUAUAUGUAAACAUGCUUGUAAUAACAUUACAAGAUAUAUUUGAUUUCUUUUCUUCGUUUAUGUUAUAACUUUUAACAUUAAUGUUGUACAUGUUACUAUA